CGGAGGCAGGUCCCGGAGCCCCGGGCGGGCUCUCCCCAGAGUCGGGCAGGCGGCGGCGGCGGCGGCAGCGGCAGCGGGAGCGGCGGCGUCUCCUCGCCCUCCUUCUUUCCUUCCCUUCCCUCCCGGGCCCGGCCGCUCAGCCCGACAGGUAUGGCGCUGACAGUGGAUGUGGUGGGGCCGGGGCCCUGGGGCUUCCGCAUCACCGGGGGCAGGGAUUUCCACACACCCAUCAUGGUGACUAAGGUAACCGAGCGGGGCAAGGCCGAGGCUGCUGACCUCCGUCCUGGCGACAUCAUCGUGGCCAUCAACGGGGAGAGUGCCGAGGGCAUGCUUCAUGCAGAGGCCCAGAGCAAGAUCCGCCAGAGCCCCUCGCCCCUGCGCCUACAGCUGGACCGGUCUCGGGCUGCCUCUCCCGGGCAGACCAACGGGGAAAACCCCAUGGAAGUGCUGGCGACACGCUUCCAGGACUCCGUGAGGACCCACACGGACAGCCAGUCCUCCCUGCGGUCCUCCUGCUCCAGCCCUGCCUCCCUCAGCCCCCGGCCAGACAGCCCCUUCUCCACACCACCCCACCCCAGCCCCCACACCCUCGCUGGAGAGGCAGUGGUGAGCCGCAGUUUCCAGAGCCUAGCACACUCUCCGGGACUCGCUGCUGCUGACCGCUUGUCCUGUGGGGGCCGCCCAGGAAGUCGCCAGGCCAGCCUCAGCCUCGCUGGCGACUCGGCCGUGCUGGUGCUGCCGCCUUCCCCGCGUCCCUGUUCCUCCGGCCCCAGGCUCAGUGUGGACUCAGAAGGGGGAAGCCACCUCCUGAGAGAGGAUUCAGAAGUCUUCAAGAUGCUGCAGGAAAAUCGCGAGGGGCGGGUGGCUCCCCGGCAGUCUAGCUCUUUUCGGCUCUUGCAGGAAGCCCUGGAGGCCGAGGAGAGAGGUGGCCCGCCUGCCUUCCUGCCCAGCUCGCUGAGCCCCCAGUCCUCCCUGCCCACCUCCAGGGCCCUGGCCACCCCGCCCAAGCUCCACACGUGUGAGAAGUGCGGUACCAGCAUUGCGAACCAGGCCGUGCGCAUCCAGGAGGGACGGUAUCGCCACCCGGGCUGCUACACCUGUGCAGACUGCGGGCUGAACCUCAAGAUGCGCGGACACUUCUGGGUGGGGGACGAGCUGUACUGCGAGAAGCAUGCCCGCCAGCGCUUCUCUGCAGCGCCCCCGCUCCACUCCCAGGCCUGAGUGCCUGCAGUGCUCUCAGCCCGCCCUCAGCUCCGCGGGUACCUCCGUGCCAGGGCCAUGACAGUAACAAGUGGGCAUGGGAUGGCAAUGGUGGGUGGUGGGCCCCUUCUUCCUUGCUGGGUGCGGCCAGAGGCUGGGACCUGUCUUGGGCUGUGGGCGAGGGCAGCUCCCUUCCCAGGCCUCUGUCGUUUGCCCCUGUCGGACGGGCUCUGCACCAAAGUUGGAGGUGGGCGCUGCACUGGACAUGUUUGCACAGCAGGGGUUAGAUGGGGGAGGACAUGGAUAAGCACCUAGAAGGGGAGGGGUGGGCUGGAGGCGAACGGUAUUCACUGUGUCAAGUUUCUGACAUAUGCGCUCUAUAAAUAUCUAUACAUGGACAAAAUAGAGUAGACGCCCCUCUUUCCUCCCCUUCCUUGCCCCGGCCCCUGGGGGUGAGCUUCUCUCCACCACUGGGUGGAGAGUCUUUAUUUACAGAAUUUUCCCCCUCUCAAAGCCCCACCCACCCUACUGAAGAGGCCGGCUUCUUUAGUCAGGGUCCUCCUCCUCCUGGACCCUUUGGUAAAGAUGCCUGUUCCACUGGGACCAUCCCUGGUACUCUAGAGGAAUGAGUUUCUCACUGGGAGCCUGGAGGAUGGGCAACAGAGAAACAGGAGGCAGGCCCCAGAGCCGUUGUGCCCAGGCCUGUCUCUGUGACAGUCUUAGGCUCUGCCGGCCCCGGCUGGGCUGGCACUCUGUGCCUCUCACUCUACUUCGCGUGGAAGCUUACCCACUAGACUUACCCAGAGGGGCUGGGUGGGCUAGAGAGGGGACAACAGCUGGAGUACCUCCUGCAUUUGCCUGAGGCUGUGUGCACCUAUUUGAGAAAGAUCAUCACCAGAAAUAACCUUGGACAGGGUUGCAGGCCUCUGCUGGGUUGCCUGGGAGGGACAACACAGCAGAGCCCUCACCCUGAGAGACCAGCACCCACCAAGAGCCACACCUCCCAGCCCUGCUGGUUUGGCCAUCCCCCGCCACCGCACCCCGCCAGAGACCCUGCUGGUUUCAUUGGUGGUGGAUUUGAAAACACCAGGAUGCUUGCCAGUGCUAGGCGUGUCUGCCCUUGGGGAAUGGGUGAGUGAGGCGGGCAGCAGUGGUCCCCUGCCAGAGUUUUGCCUGACUCACCUACCACCCCAGUACUGUAUUACUGAAAUGAGGACAUUUCAGAAAUAUGAGGGUGCUGCCGGGUGCUCCACACCCACCCUGUCCCAGUCAGCCUGAGGGCUGGCGGCAGCCUUGGCUUUAUCUCCACAGGAAAGAUCAAAGCCGGCUGUGAGGGGGUUUGGUGCUCUCUGGCUCUCUUUGGAAGGAAUCUUGGCAGAGACCGUUUGUGUUUCCUCCUCAGGCACCUGAUAUAAUUUACACCUUGAUAUAAUUGUCUCACCUUU